UUCUUUGCUCACAACAUCCUUGUAUGGCUGCCUGGCACGGGACGGUCGCUUUCGUAUGGUCAACUCUUGCAUUUCUUUAUCUUGGUGUUGUGUUUGCUGCUGAUCCAGAACAUGCUAUAAUCUACUUCGACAAUGGACCCGUCCGACUGUUCUUCUUCCAUGAUACGCCUAGUGCGAUAUACCACGAUGCCGUCUCCCGGAACAUAUAUAUUUCUCAGGACGAAGGCAAGACCUGGGAUCGCGCAGAUGGCAUACUACCUGGUGAUGCUGCAAUGUUCAUCGAACACCCAUUCAACAAUCGUGUGGCAUUCGUAUUGACUGAUACCUUCACGCAUUACCGCACUGAAGAUCGCGGAAAGAAAUGGGUCACAUUCUCCGUCCCUGACCUAGUAGCCUACGUCUCAAAACCACUCUCCUUCCACUCAGACCCCCGCAAGUGGAAGUAUACCCUUUUCCAGGCCACCAAGUGCAUACAAAUUCCUUGGGGCGAGCGUUGUCAAGACGUGACAUACUACACACAAGACGGAUUCACCACAACACCCGAAGUACUACAAGAUGAUGUCUCUCACUGCCAAUUCGCUCACAGCAGCAAAGACUUUCAACCUGAUGCUCAUGACGACCUCAUCUACUGCGUCGCCUAUGACUCUUCCGCAAUAUCCGACUCGCGCAGUAUCGAACACAGCCGCCUUUAUUCCAGCACAGAUUUCUUUGCCACUAGGAAGAGUGAGAAUCUUGGCAUUGGAAAACAAGCCAAGGGUGUCGUGACAUUUGCGAUCAUGUCCAAGUUUGCUGUUGUUGAACUUAAGGACUUGACGCCCAGCAGCAGCGGUGACAUGCUGUUAUACGUUUCUGUAGACGUCAAAGAGUGGGUUAAGGCACAUUUCCCCUCCCAGGUGCGCUUACGGGAGAACACAUACUCCAUCGUCGAGUCUACAGUCCACACCCUAGCAGUACAUGUUGUCUUACGCGAUACAGAAGCCUUUGGUUCCCUGUUCGUCAGCGACUCCAAUGGCACCUACUUUGUGGAGAGCUUGAAAGAUAUAAACAGAAAUGUGGUGGGGUAUGUUGAUUAUGAGAACGUAUACGGCGUUGAGGGUGUAGGUAUUGCCAAUGUCGUUGCCAAUGCGCAAGACGUCGCGAAGUGGAUGGCAGCCAAGCAAUUACGGUCGGUUAUCACAUUCGAUGACGGCAGUUCAUGGGCUCCUCUUCUCGCUCCUAGCGGUACCUGCUCCUCCCAGACAUGCUCGCUACAUCUGCACUCAGUGUCAGACACGCACAGCUAUGGCUCAGUUUUCUCGUCCCCCGCCCCUGGUUUUGUCAUGGGCGUGGGUUCAGUCGGGGCGAUGCUCGCGCCAUACGAGGAGAGCAACACCUACAUGAGCACUGACGCUGGCCUGACAUGGAAGACGGUCCGCGAAGGCCCAUAUAAAUUUGAAUUUGGCAAUUCUGGAAGUGUCAUCGUCAUCGCCGAUGACCAGCAACCUACAGACUCCAUCAUGUACUCCACGGACAUGGGCCAUACCUGGAAGACAUACAACAUUGGCAUCCAAUUUCGUGUCAAGGGCUUAACUGCGGUAUCGGAUUCAACGUCUCAGAAGUUCCUCCUCCUUGGCCAAGUGAUUUCACAGUCCCAACAACCCAGCAACGGCCGCAGCGCUAUCAUCCACCUCGACUUUGCCACCCUUGGACGUCUGAAGUGUGGCCCUGAUGACAAGGAGCUGUGGUACGCAAGAGCCAGUCUUAAUUCUGAGUGCAUCAUGGGCGCCAAGCAACUGUACUACAGGCGCAAGGCUAAUGCAGAUUGCUACAUGGGCGAGAAUGACUAUAACUAUGUAUGGUAUAACGACGUAUCAGGCAACGGUAAAUGUAUUCCUUUGGGUCCAGAGCGCAUACCCAACACAGAGUGCACUAUCGGGUCUCCCAACGAAAGAUACAUGGGAUUAUCAGGGUAUCGCAAGAUCCCUGGGAACAAAUGUGAGGCUGGCAUUCGUAAGGACGAGCCCGUGUCCAAAUAUUCUGAACCUGCUGAAGGAGAGGUUGUUCACCUGAUCCAUACAUUCCCCAGCGAUAUCGUGCAGAGGGAGUAUUUCAUGGGGUCAAAAAUCAUCCUUGUCCGUCUCGCUGACCUCUCAGUAUGGCAAUCCAACAACGAGGGCCAUACUUGGGUACAAAAGUUUCCAAAGGAACGUUUCUUAGUGUUCUACAUACACCCAUACACCCCCGACCGCGCAUACCUCAUCACCGACACCAACAAGUUCUACUAUACAACAGACCUAGGCCGCUACUGGUAUGCCAUGAACGCACCUUCGCCUCCUAAUUCCUUUGGAGCCAAAGUGCUCCAUUUCCAACGCAGGUCCGAAUACAUCAUCUGGAUUGGCAAUGUGGACUGCCAACCGGGGUACGAAAACUGUCAUGCACAGGCCCAGUACACAUUCAACAAUGGGCGUACCUGGCAGUUGGUGGAGAACUACGUUGUCGACUGUGACUGGGCAUGUGAUGAGGAGCCGCGGACCAAUUCGUUUAAGAUCCUAUGUAAGUCAUAUGAGAACAAGCAGGGCUCGCAGGUAUUUUUCGGAAAAGAGAAUGCAUUGCAGCUCGUCUCUGGGACAAAUGCAAAUGGUUUUGCAGAGAAGACGAAGUUGUUUGACAAUGUCGCGGGGUUUGUCAGGGUUUCACAGUUUUUGAUCGUUGCAGAGUACCUCCAGACCACGGGCACACUUGACCUCAAAAUUUCACGGAACGGACAGACAUUUACUUCUGCGAGUUUCCCUCCUGGUAUGCACCCAGACUCUCAUUCAUACGGCAUCCUUGAUAUCAGCACCAACACCAUCUUCAUAUACAUGACAAUGAACGAGUGGCCUACGCCAUGGGGCAACAUCCUCAGAUCCGACUCCAACGGAACUUACUUUGGAGUGUCCAUUGAGAAUGUGAACAGGAACAAUGGUGGCUUCAUCGACUUCGAACAAUUUGCAGGCUUGAAGGGAAUUGCGAUGGCCAAUGUGGUGACCAAUCUUGCAGAGGCUGCAUUCACGGGUCGUAAAACUCUGCAGACGAGGAUCACACAUAAUGAUGGUGGCACUUGGAAGGCACUUCGGCCCCCUUCAGUAGAUUCGCUGGGUCAGAAGUACCCUUGUUUGUCAUUGGCCUGCGCACUCCAUGUCCACGGAUUCACAGAGCGCGCUGAUGCCCGAGUGACAUACAGUAGCCCUUCCGUCAUCGGUGUCGUUAUGGCAGUCGGGAAUGUGGGCGAGGCACUUGGCCCCUACACCGAUAGCAAUACAUUUCUAUCACGGGAUGGCGGGUUCAUAUGGGAAGAAGUGCGCAAAGGCCCCCACCUGUGGAAGUUCGGCGACUCAGGUUCUGUUAUCGUGAUCGUGAAUGACGAAGAGCCGACGGACCACGUCUUGUUUACGACAGACCAGGGGCUUAGUUGGCUAGAAUUCAAGUUCACGUUUGACAAGAUCAGAGUGAAGGAUAUUAUGACAGCGCCGGAGGGUAGAAGUCGGAAGUUUAUACUGCUGGGCCAGUAUCCUGGGACAGCUGGCUCGGUGAUCGUGCACUUGGAUUUCUCAUCUCUCACACAUAGAAAAUGCCUCGUGGAUGUGAAAAUUCCUGGACAUGACUUUGAGCUGUGGAGCCCCAGCGAAGAAAGAGACGAACUCUGCUUGUUCGGACGGCAGACACUCUACCAUCGCCGCAAACGUGAUGUGAACUGCGUUGUUGGACACACGCCCAAGGCACCAGAUAACAUCGUGCGGAACUGCAGAUGUAGAUCAGAGGAUUUUGAGUGUGCAUUCAAUCAUAUUCGUAAUAGGGAUGGUGAAUGUGUUCUUAUACCUGGCGCGAGUCUGCUUGCUCCCGAUAAUUCAUGUCGCGAUGGUGAAGACUAUUGGUACGAGCGCACGGCCUACCGCAAGGUCGUCUACUCUACUUGUGAGGGUGGCGACCGCAUCGACCAAGGCACACAACACCCGUGCCCUGACAUUGAAGUUCCCGACCACGCUACUUCUGGCCACAGAGCAAUGUUCUGGAUUAUGGUGAUUAUAAUCUCCUUCACGAUCACAGCGCUUGUCGUUGCAUGGUGCUGGGCGAUUCAUUUACCUGAAGACGACGAUUCGCCCCAGUCAGGUCCUGGUGCGCUUGCUACGAUGGCAUCUGUGCCAUGGUUCCUGCUUGGGCUUUUGGGUGUUGCCUUCAAACAUGCGCGUAACGUGUCGCAGGGUUACCGUGCAAGGCGUAAACGCGGAGCUGUGUCUUUGGACGAAGAUGCGCAGGUCUUGCAUAUUGAGGAUAGGGAAUAA